GUGUGUGUGUGAAAAAUGUAAUGUUGAUGCGGAGACCGAAUAGACACAUAUCCAAGAGGAGAAACGGGGUCGACGGCGAAAAAAGGAGGACACCUCCAAGUCACAUCGUCGACUCUCGCCCUCCUCCGGUGACUCCCAUGUCUCUCGCCUGGGUGGGUCUAACCCAAAAAAUCCGCCAUCCAACAAUGGGCUGCGGGAGAUCGGCUCAGCUCGGAAAAUCCUCUUGCAGCUGUUCAGAGAGCCGAGGAUAGGACCAAGACGUCGGACCGAGUCAAUGAGGGUGGCCUGUCCGCUUUUUGUCCUGCGUCUCUCGGCCCGGUGUCUGGCAGCCAGCCGCGCACUGCGCGUAAAUGCGGUCUAAGUAGAGAAGACAGGCCUCCGAGGAGCACUUUAAAUGUUGAAAUGCAGCCUUUGUCGGCCGUCGUGGCAGUGAAUCUGUUUCUUCAUAGUUCCGCUGAGCGGAUGGAGUGAAUUGUGCAAAAAGAGAGAGAGACAGACUGCAGCUUGGUUGCGUGUGAUGAUAGGAGACACAAUGACGCUCUUGUCUCUUCUGGGUCGGAUCAUGCGUUAUUUUCUCCUCAGGCCUGAGACAUUGUUUCUGUUGUGCAUAAGCCUGGCGCUGUGGAGUUAUUUCUUCCACACUGACGAGGUGAAAACCAUCGUCAAGUCCAGCCGGGAUGCCGUGAAGAUGGUGAAGGGGAAAGUGGCCGAGAUGAUGCAGAACGACCGGCUCGGAGGCCUCAGUAUCCUGGACGCGGAGUUCUCCAAAACCUGGGAGUUCAAGAAUAACAACGUAGCCGUGUACUCCAUACAGGGGAGGCGAGAUCACAUGGAGGACCGCUUCGAGGUGCUCACCGACAUCACCAACAAGAGCCACCCGUCCAUAUUCGGGAUAUUCGACGGUCACGGUGGAGAGGCUGCAGCUGACUAUGUGAAGGCCCACCUGCCAGAAAGCCUGAGGCAGCAGCUGCAGGCCUUUGAGAGAGAGAAGAGAGAGAGCGCUCUCUCUUACGCCAGCAUCCUCGAGCAGCGCAUCCUGACCGUGGAUCGUGAGAUGCUGGACAAGCUCUCUGCCAACCACGAUGAAGCAGGAACGACAUGUCUUGUGGCGCUGCUGUCAGACAGAGAGCUCACGGUGGCGAACGUUGGAGACUCACGUGGCGUGCUGUGCGACAAAGACGGGAACGCUGUUGCACUGUCACAUGACCACAAGCCGUAUCAGCUCAAAGAGCGCAAGAGGAUCAAGAGGGCAGGAGGUUUCAUCAGUUUUAAUGGAUCCUGGAGAGUCCAGGGAAUCCUGGCCAUGUCCCGCUCUCUAGGGGACUACCCGCUGAAGAACCUCAACGUAGUCAUCCCCGACCCCGAUAUCAUGACCUUUGACCUGGACAAACUGCAGCCAGAGUUCAUGAUCCUGGCGUCCGAUGGCCUGUGGGACGCUUUCAGCAACGAGGAGGCCGUCCGGUUCGUCCGCGAGCGUCUGGACGAGCCUCACUUCGGCGCCAAGAGCAUCGUCCUCCAGUCCUUCUACCGCGGCUGCCCCGACAACAUCACCGUCAUGGUGGUGAAGUUCAAAAGUGGAGCCGCGGGGAGUAGCAAGGCUGGGGAGUAGGUCGAGUGUAGAGCUCGCAUUGUGAUCAAUGUUUUCUGUGAUUUUCCCCAUCUUCCAGAUCGAGCAGCGUGUGUGACAUCACAGGAGGGCUGGAGGAAGUUAAAGUAUGGACUCUGAGAACUAUACUUUUAAAAAGUGCACACACAUACACACACGUACAAAAACACAUAAAAAAUUGUUUGGUUUCAUUUAUAGGUGUCUGAUUGAGAUAUGGGCAUUUAAACACAACACAGGUCUCGUAACAAUCUUUCAACUUAACGAUGAAUACAUUAAAACAGGAGACAAACACGCACCGAACAGGAUUUUCUCUUAACCAGCACACAUUAGACUGUGACUGAUUUACUACUGUUUACUGUACAUGCACGUGAAUGGUACAGCUCCACUGGAGGCUUCUUCAGAGGAGGCUUCAACUAGUGCCUACUUAAGAAUACUGUGCAACAGGAAGCUACUGAAAAUGCAUUUGCGAAAACUCCACCCUGCUUGCUGCAUUUUGGUGAUGCCCUCAAGUCUUGCAUAUGCAUCUGUCACAUUUCUGACCUGAAAAAUUCAGUGAGACUCCAGUGGAUCCAUACCUUUAUUUAACUAGAAGUGAUGCAGCACUUAAAAUCGAUCUUUUGAGUAUCAAGCAGUCACUCCCUGACUGGAGCUGUAGCUGUUAACCAUUUGUUGUUUCAUCCUCUGGCUGCAGAUGGCUUCAACUCAUGCUGGCUGCAAUGCUUUCUGAAAUUGAGAUGUGUGGGUUAGAUACAGAGUUAACCAGCAGGAGCUCUGAUUGGUCGGCUGCUGUGUGUUGGCAGGACUCGGUCCAAUCACAGCGCCUGUUUCUGAUCAGUGGGUUUAAUUUCAUUAAAUUCUUAGGUAGCACACAGCCAAAGUCUUCAAAGGACCAGUGUGUAAGAUUUAGAGGCGUGGACUAACAAAAAGUUAGAUAUUAAAGGCCUUUUUAAAAGUAGCUGUAACCAGUAAACUAGGACUUUAAACCAGUGACUGAGCUGGAGGUGGGUUCCUCAGGUUAGAUAGAGUCGUCUUUCUUGCUCCACUGUAAAGAAUGGUGAGUGUUGAAAUCCUUUGUCACCUUCAUCCAAACUGACCACUGCCACUCUUGCCUUUGGAGGCUGAAACUACUCAAUUUUGCUGCCACUUAUCAGGUGAGCGGACGGUUGGUGACUCUCAGAAGGUCGAUUUUAAUUGGAGUAUUACUUUGCACACAUACAAACAAACAGGAAUGGAAAAAAAAAGCACUUUUCAAAUGUUUAUUUUUUGGAAUAGUAAAUUCUUACACAUCAGCCAAUGUAAAGUUUGUAAACCCUCAGUAAUACAAGAGGGUUUCCACGUAGAACCUGGUUCAGUUCCUUCACCUCUUGAGACUGCAAAUUUUUUGGAACUAAUGUAAAGUUGUUUUACACCAUCUGCAUCGGGACAUGUGCUUUGGCUUGCCCUCGUCCAUGAGCAAAGUACAUGCAGUGCGCACCCACGGACGCACUGGUGGCUGCCUUUGACCCGGGAAGCACACGGGAGGUGCGACAGGCAUGCACGCCUCUGCUGCCAUGAGAAACUAAAAGAUGACACAACAUCACGUGUACAGACGCAGCCUGAAUGCUAGUAGCUAGUAAUACGAUAUGCUCGUGAAGCAAUACAACUGGUGUCGCUGACAGCAGCAGCCUCUCAAGGACAGUUACAGUAAACCACACUUGAUUUGCUCCUGUUUUCUGUUCAGAUACUUCUCACCACUGUGUUUCAUGAUCUUGGCAUCAGUUGACAGAAGCCUUUCUUUAAUUUAACAGUUGACCUAAUGCCUUAUUUAUUGUUGAGUUUUUGGGUGCGUCCGGCAGAUUUGCCAAAUCAGCAUAUUCUCUUUUUUUUUUUUGUCCUUCUGUACAUGAGCAGAAGUUUACAAUAAAUUAGAUACCUGUCUCUUUGACUUGAGAAGCAGUUCAUGAUUCACACAUGUUGAGCUGAUGCUCAGUGUAAAAAAACAACAACAACAACCUGUAAAAAGAAUCUGUAUGUAAACUAUCAGUAUUAAAGAAACU